CUUUUUAUUUUAUUUUAUAUUCUCUCCCUUAUAUAUCUACCACCAGCGGCAAAGCGGGUAACUUUACUUUUACCCUCUGCCUUCGUCUUUCACCCCCUUUUCCUGCAAACACUCCAACACAACCCAAAACGAGUCGGGUGAAUGACCCGAAUAUAACCCUAAGAAGUAAAUUGCAAUUGGCGGGAAAAACCAACAAAAUCUAGAAGUUAAACCGAUAGUUGGUUUUCACAGUCGGAAAUUCCUUUCCAAGAUUCGCAUAUGAAAGUCAUAUUCAAAUGGACGACGUAAAGAUCCUCACGGUCUCCGAUCUACUCCGCUACGGUCGUCCCCACACCGGAUCAUCAUCUUUCAGCCCUGCGAUCGUCUCUCAUCAAAACCCUAAUCCAUCCCCUGACCCGGGCCUGUCCAGUUCAAAUCCUAGCCCUAAUCGUAAAGCCCUGACCCCCUUGGAUUGCCCUGCUGUUAUCGUCGGAACCCUAAGACUCCCAACCUUAACCCUAAAAUGUCCCCAAGAAAACUGCCUUGAAUUCUCUGACGACGAUUCCUCCGCCAUCUGCUGCGACAUUAUAGGACUUGAUGAUCUCAGUAUCAUCGGUAAGAAAAUCCACGUUCUUACCUGGAAUUUCAUUCCUUCUAAGCACCUUAGUGGCGGAUUCUUGGAAAUUGUUAAAUGGAAGUUACCUGACUCGUUUAAGUUACCUGAAUUUCAUUCGAGUCACGGGCUGAAUCAAUGUUCCAGCUUGAUAAUAGAUGAGUUUAAGUUAGUUUCGAGUUCUAUUGAAUCCAAACCUAGCAACGCUAAGACCUAUCAAAUUCACGGCGCUUUAGAAUCAGUUAGUCCUGUUUCUGUUGUUCCAUGUUCAGUUAACAAUUCAAGUUCGAGCAAUUCAAUGAAUCUUCGAGGUUUUCUUGUGAGAGUUAUGACCUGUGAAUGCAAAUUGUGUCGUUCUAAAGAGUCUAUCAAGGUUUUAUAUGCGGAAGCAUGUUGUCAUUCUUUUACUGAACCAGUGUUUGUAUAUUUUUGUGAGUCUGCUUGGUGUUGGCAUCCUGUGAUGACGAAGCUUACUGGGAAUAUUAUUACAAUUUCGGGUUUGAAGAAGAAGUUGGUUUUCAUGGGGAAGCAGGGCUCGGAUUUGAUGUUUGUUACUGCAGAGAACUCGGUUUUGCAUCUGCCUAAACUGUUGAAGAAAUGGGUUCCCCUUUCAUGUAAUGCUGUUAAGGGAAAUGGUAAGUGUGGUUCGUAUACAGGCAUUGUCAAUAAUGUUUAUAUGCAAGGAAUGGUUGUUGAGCUGGACAAAGAAGUGUGGCUUUUACUAACUGAUCAGUUACUCAUGCCACCACAUAGUCUUAGGGUUGGCGCAGUUAUCUCAGUUAUAAAUGUCCAUUUCGUGAAUCCAAAAUUUUCUUGGGCAAAAUUUCUUGUUCUUGGGGCUUGCUUCAGAACCAGCAUUAAAGUAGAAUCAUUCUCACCAUAUAAGACAGGGUGUCCUAUAUUGUCUCAAAAACAAAGCCAGUUGGGGAAGUUCAUUGAGUCUUUAGCAUUUUCUACGAGGCUGUGGGUACUACUUAUUGUUUCAUGUUUCCAGAAAAAGUUUUCUGGGAUAUUAUCUGGAGAGAAGAUUUUGGGAUCAACACAUAAGGAAGGACUGGUUCAAGCAUUUGCUAGCUCACAUGUACCUUCAUCAGUGUUUCGAGCUCGGUGUGGUGUAUUAAUGGAAUUCAGUAAACAUGAAUCAUGUGACUGUGCUACUGAACCAUAUCAUGGCAACCUGAAGCUGGUGGUACCUAUUUCCAGUUUCAUCCAUCAUUGUGAGGCCAUUUGGAUAAAGGCAGUGCUACCAUUGGAUAAUGUCCAACCUAGGUCAUGUGGGGGGAAAUCUUAUCUGCCAUCACAAAGGAAGACUUUCAAGAGUGAAGACUUGGGUAUUGUUUUGGUAGGAAUGUUAAAGAUAUGUCCAUCUUCUGGAAGAUUGCAAUUGGUUGACAUGACUGGUAGCAUUGAUGCUAUUAUACCAGACCUUCCAUCAAAUUGGAAUCCUAAUAGCAUAUUUGAGGUAAUUGAUUACAGUCUAACUGUGGAAGGAAUGCCUGAAUCAGUCAAUUCGGAGUUUCAUAGUAAUGACUUAUUCUCAUGCAGAAGUAUCUUCCAGUGCUUCCCAUCAGCAAGAAAAAGAAACUUAAAAAUAUUUGUCUACUUUCACCUGUGUAAUGCAACAUGCAGAAAUCUUCUCAUUUAUGCAGCAGUAGACUGCCAGAACGAAUUGAAUGAAAUUGAAAAUGGAACAUUCCAUCUUAUCCACAUAACCCGCAAAUUUCCUUUGUUGCAGAAGUUUAAAGGUCAUUCAAUAUUAUCAAAGAGGUCUGGUGUGUUUGCUGAGGCUAUAGUCUUACCAUGGUAUUUGUUACUUGCUGGAAAAGAUGGAAGUGUGCGUCCAUAUAAGGAUUCCAGAGAUUAUGCUGAUGGUAACUACAUAGAUCAUGCUCUUAGUAAGAGGCGCAAGACCGAUGGUGCAUCUACUUGUGUGACUCCAGGUCUCGGGGACAAUUUUGGAAGUGCUAGCUUUGGAAAAAACACUUCUUUAAGGGAAACCUCUGUAGAUCAGAGUUGUCUGAGAAUGAGUUUUUCUCAUGAAAUUCCAUGCUUGGCUACCAUACGAGGUGUUAAUAAUAUUAUCUUUACUAGGUCAGGGAGAUUGUGUACUACAAAGGCCAAUGCAAAGAUUAAAAUUUAUGAAGAAAGUGCAGAGAAAAACUUGCUGGAGUUCACAUCUGAGAGUGAUUUGAAGUAUCAGUUGUUGCAGAUUGGUGGUUUUUACUUAAUGAAGCACCAUUUGAAAGAUCCUCUCUGUAAUAUUAAGAAGGAUGAUAAAGUUCUUAUAACAUCUGGAACAUAUUUUCGAAGCCUUUCAUUGUCUCCUGAGUUUCUUACCACUGAUAAAUCAUUGCAUGAUUCUUCCCUAUGUGAUGAUGAAGUCUUUACAAAAGAUCAAGUAUUGAGGGUUGCUAGUGAUUCUUCAGUUUCAGAUGUUCAUCUUCAUGUCUCUUCAAGUUUAACAGGUUUUCGGGAAAUAAAUACAAAGGAACUGGGAAAAGGCCUUAAUGUGCCGGGUGCAAACCUAGGGGAGAACUCUAGUCUUUCUCCGGGCAUUGAGACCAUAAUUGUUGCAAACCUCGAGGAGAACUCUGGUUCUCUUGGUUAUAAUUGCCUUUUUCCUGAGGGAAAUUUGACCUCUCUGUGUGGAGAUGUAAUAGCUGUCCACAGGUUUGACCAAGGUUCUUCUGACAUGCGUUCAAGCAGUGAAGACUUUGCUGAUCUUCCUCACUUCGGGUUUUCUAAUAGAACAUACAGAUUUUGCAUUCAUGUUUCAGUGGGCCAUCAAACCGUGAGGAUUUUUGGAUCUCUGUGCCAGAAUCUGUUCCCUACUGGGUUUGGGCCUGGCAUAAAUGCAACAUUUCAUCAAAUUCUUCAAUUCCGGGGCCCGAGUACAUUGAUGUUAACACCUGUAUCCAUCAUUGUGAUAAAUUCAAUUAGGGUAGUCAAUGAAGUAUACGGCAAAAAGUGUUCGCAUUUAUGGUCUUCAGAUAUGCACAAUGAAUCCUUCACAAAAAUGGCUGCAUCUUCUGUUUUAAUUUCUGAAUUGAUGCGGUGCUUGGAUGGCAAUCUAAAUCGAUUUCGCUGCAGAGUAGUUUCUGUUCAUGUCCUGGUUCUAGAGAAGAGGAACAGCAUAUGUGAUGACUUAAAAUCAAAUAUGUAUUCCAGGCCUCUUAGUGUUGACAUUCCACUUGCUUGCUUUAUAUUGGAUGAUGGAUCAUCCUCUUGGUGUUGCUGGGCCAAUGCUGAAAGAGCAGCAACCCUGCUGAGGCUGCAUGAAUACCCACUGUCUACCUUUGAAGCCAGCGGCUAUGGAGGGAGGUGGGUCAGGAUACAGAACACUGAAUGGACCUCCACCAUGUAUCAUCUUGAAAGAAUUUUAGAGAAGCAUCACAGGAUUACUGUCAAAAGCACUAGGUCAAUUUCAGAUUCUUUUGAUCAAGAUUUCACUGUUUCUGUUAGUUCAGGAAAGGCACUUAGUGGCUUGGAUGAGGACCUCUACCUUCUCAUAUCCUUAAUCUUCAAUGCUUGCAUCAAUACAUCCUGGACUGUUGUAGCUGGAGUGAUGGAUUCGAAUGCAGUCAACUUAUUAAAAGAGCACUUUCUUGAACUGGAGAUGUCAAUGCCUCCCAUGAAAAACUUAUGGGCCACAGAAGUUUAUCAUGUUAAUCAACUGACUGAGGCCAGAGAUAUGAUCCAAAAACUUAUAAACAAGUAACUCUCCAUGUGAGUACUAUUUUUUGUUCAAUGUAAUAUAAAUUCCUUGUCACCUUAAGGUACAUGGAUAAAUUAUGUAAAUGUUGUACUAGAUAUGGUGGCUAUGCCGGUAGCGGCAUCAGCUUUUUGUUGUAUAUAAUGUGGAAAGUCUACAAGAUAUCUGUUCAUAUUGCUUUAGAUUCAUGGUAAAACAUCCUUGAAUCAGUGUCUAAGCACUAGAUUCUUUGAUGUCCAAAAAUAUGAUAUUUUGCAUUUUAUAAUUUCAAUUUGGGUAUGUGGUCGUCAAUAUUCAUUUUGUUAUUAUAAUGUCUAGAAAUCUUUGUUCAUUUAAUGAACUCCCAGUGUUUUUAAAGGCAAUCCUAUCAAGUUUUGCGUUUACUUUCUUGGCUGUCAUAUUGCUAUUUAGGUAGUCUUAUGGGCUUUAAAAGAUUUUGAUUACUCUGAUGCUGUGGUAAACCAUUGUAAAGCUCGAAAACUGGUGAUCCUUACAUCAUGCUGAAAUUGCAAAUUCACCUUGUUAUUGAUCGAAGGUGAAUUUAUGAUGCACAACAACACAAAGAAUCUUGUUUAAUAAAUAAACCUGGAGGUGCAUUGUGCUUGUGCAUGUGCUUCUUACCAUGUCACUGAUGAUUUGAGUUAGUUAUCGAAAAUGAUUUUGCAGUUCUAAGGAAUUUAGCUGACAUCAUAUGACUUUAACUAUUGAAUGUCCCUCAAAAGUUUUGCCAAACUUUUCUGUAAUGUUGAAUUGCAUUCUGAGGAAUCUAAUGGAGUUGAAACCUUGAACUUUGGAAUUCAAUGACAGCUUCCUCUGCUGCCAGUGAACUAUGAAAGCAGAUGCCACUGGUGUUUUAUU